AAACCGGCGCAGUGGAAGACGAAAACUCUACAGCUUCUUCGAAAAUUCUUUUCGAUUUUCUCUUAUAUCUGCAACACAUUUUUAAGAUAACUUUUUUGUUUAAAUGGCAGACUUUUUAGAUUCUGAAGCGGAAGAAAGCGAGGAGGAAGAGGAACUUGAUCAAAAUGAGAAAAAGAAGUUGAAAAAAAUAAAGGCAGUCGAAGAAAGUGACGAAGAAGAUGAUGAUGAUGGAGAAGAAGUAGCAGACUUGAUUGAUGAUAAUCCAAUAGAAGAAGAGAGUGAUGUUGAGGACAGUGAUACUUCCGGUGGUACAAAAAAGAGAAAAAAGAGCGACGAUGAAGAUUUUGAUGAUCGACUGGAGGAAGAAGAUUAUGAUUUGAUAGAAGAAAAUUUAGGUGUCAAACUUGAAAGAAAACGCAGAUUUAAACGUCUAAGAAGAAUACAAGAUGAAGAAUCAGAAGAUGAACAGGAAAAGGAACCAGAAGAAGAACGAGAUGCUAUUGCUACUGAGCUAUUUGAAGGCUCUGGUGAUGAAAGGGAUAUUUUCGUGGAGGAAGAACGACGAAGUGAACGUAGUCAUAGACCAGAAGUGGAGACUCUUGAUGAAGAAGGAAGUGAAGGAGAUGAUGACAUGAAUGAUUUUAUUGUCGAUGAGGAUGGAAGAUCUUUAGCAGAAAAACGUAUGAAAAAGAAACCUAUAUUCUCAGAUGCUGCACUACAAGAAGCACAAGAUAUUUUUGGGGUAGAUUUUGAUUUUGAUGAGUUUGGUAAAUUUGGAGAAGAAGAUUAUGAAGAAGAAGAAGAAGAAGAAGAAGAAGAUGAAUAUUUGGAUGAUGAUGUUGAUGAAAGACCAAGAAGACCAAAGAAACAAUUUAAAAAGAAAAGCACAAGGAAAAGUAUUUUUGAAAUAUAUGAGCCAAGUGAGCUGAAGAGAGGUCAUUUUACAGACUUAGAUAAUGAGAUUCGCAAUACAGAUAUUCCUGAAAGAAUGCAACUUCGUUCUAUUCCUGUUACACUUGUAGUUGAAGGUUCUGAUGAAUUAGAUCUUGAGGCUGAAUGGAUAUAUAAACAAGCUUUUUGUCGACCUACCAUUUCCGUUCAAGAUGCUCAUUUAAAUGAAGAAGCCAAAGAAAGAGCCAAAAAAGGCCCACAAACUAUUGGAAAAAUUAAAAAAGCUUUAGAUUUUAUGCGCAAUCAACAUUUUGAAGUCCCUUUCAUUUCAUUUUAUAGAAAAGAAUAUGUGCUUCCAGAACUAAAUAUCAAUGAUUUAUGGAAAGUAUACAAAUUUGAUGCCAAAUGGUGUCAAUUGCGUCAACGAAAAGAAAAUUUAUUAAAAUUAUUUAAGAAAAUGAGAAAUUAUCAGUUAGAUGAAAUUAUGAAAAACCCUGAUGCUCCAUUACCUGAUAAUGUGAGAAUAAUAAAAGAUGAUGACAUUGAACGUCUUAAAAAUAUUCAGACAAGCGAAGAGUUAAAUGAUGUUUAUCAACAUUUUAUGCUUUAUUAUAGUCAUGAGAUACCAGCUAUGCAAGAAGUUGUACGCCAGAAAGAAAGAGAAACGCGUCGUGAAGCCAGAAUACAAAAAAGAAAACAACAAAUUGCUGAAGCAGAAGAGAAUGGUGAAAAUCCUCCAGAAGAAGACAUAGAAGUAGCAGAAGAAGAAGAAGAACCAGAUGAAACCUUAAAACAAGCAGUGAGGAGUGGACCUUAUUCCACAUGUAGAAAAGCAGGCUUAGAUCCACUUGCCAAAAAGUUUGGUCUUACUCCUGAACAUUUUGCAGAAAAUUUGCGUGAUAAUUAUCAACGUCACGAAGUGGAUCAAGAACCUACAGAACCUAUUACAGUUGCAAAUGAUUUUUGUAGUUCAAGAUUUAAAACUUCAGAUGAAGUUCUCAAAGCUGCGCAAUUAAUGGUUGCAAUGCAGUUGGCACGCGAGCCAUUAGUACGCAAAUGUGUCAGAGAAAUGUAUAUGGAAAGAGCAAAAGUAUCAAUAAGACCUACAAAGAAAGGUAUUAAAGAAAUAGAUGAGAAUCAUCCUAUAUACUCCAUGAAAUAUCUUAAAGACAAACCAGUGCGAGAUCUUGUAGGAGAUCAGUUUUUAAAAUUGAUUAUAGCUGAAACAGAUAAGCUUAUUAAUAUUUCGCUGAGUGACACAAUAGAAGGAAAUACAACAAGCAAUUAUGUUGAUGAAAUGAAGCAGCUUUAUUAUAGAGAUGAAUUCAGCAAAAAUGUUCAAGAUUGGAAUGCUUUAAGAGUUGGCAGUGUAGAAAUGGCACUCAAUCGUAUGGUAAUACCACAUUUGAAAAAGGAAUUGAGAACAAAUCUUGUUGCAGAAGCAAAAGAAUGUGUAAUGAGAGCAUGUUGUCGUAAAAUGUAUAAUUGGAUUAAAGUAGCUCCAUAUACUUGUGAAUUCCCUGAAGAAGAAGAUGAAGAAUGGGACACAAGUAAAGGUCUUCGAGUGAUGGGUUUAGCUUAUGUACCUGAUUAUUCUCAAGCUGCUUUUACAUGCAUAGUUUCUGCUGACGGUGAAUGUACAGAUUAUGUAAGAUUACCACAUUUGUUGAAAAGAAAAAAUAGUUUUAGAGAAGAUGAAAAAGUCAUGAAAGAAGCUGAUUUAAUUACACUUAAAAAUUUUAUUGCAACAAAAAAACCUCAUGUGGUUGUCAUAGGUGGUGAAUCAAGGGAAGCGUUAAUGAUAGUAUCUGAUAUAAAGGAAUGUAUUUCGAAUCUAAUGGAAGAUGAACAAUUUCCCAGUAUCCAAGUUGAGAUUUGUGAAAAUGAACUUGCUAAAAUUUAUUCCAAUAGUAACAAAGGUGUAUCUGAAUUUAGAGAUUAUCCAGAAUUGUUACGACAAGCUAUAUCUUUAGCGAGAAGAAUGCAGGAUCCUUUAGUAGAAUUUUCUCAAUUAUGUACUGCAGAUGAAGAAAUAUUAUGCCUCAAAUAUCAUUCAUUGCAAGAUCAGCUUCUUAAGGAAGAACUUCUAGAAAAUUUGUAUUUAGAAUUUGUGAAUAGGGUAAAUGAAGUUGGUGUUGAUGUUAAUAAAGCAGUACAACAAGCUUAUUCUGGAAAUCUAGUUCAGUUUAUAUGUGGCUUGGGCCCUAGAAAAGGGCAAGCAUUGAUUAAAAUAUUGAAACAAACUAAUCAAAGAUUGGAAAAUAGAACACAACUUGUAACAGCCUGUCAUAUGGGACCUAAAGUAUUUAUCAAUUGUGCUGGCUUUAUAAAAAUUGAUACAAAUAGUUUGGGGGAUAGUACAGAAGCGUACGUAGAAGUACUAGAUGGUUCAAGAGUGCAUCCUGAAACAUAUGAAUGGGCAAGAAAAAUGGCAGUAGAUGCUUUGGAAUAUGAUGAUGAGGAUGCAAAUCCGGCAGGUGCUCUAGAAGAAAUUCUAGAAUCACCAGAAAGAUUGAAAGAUUUAGACUUGGAUGCAUUUGCAGAAGAAUUAGAAAGGCAAGGUUUUGGCAAUAAAUGUGUUACAUUAUAUGACAUUAGGGCUGAAUUGAACUCUAGAUAUAAAGAUUUACGUUUAUUAUACCAAUCUCCAAGUCCAGAAAAAUUGUUUGAUAUAUUAACUAAAGAAACACCUGAAACAUUCUACAUAGGUAAAUUGGUAUUAGCAACAGUAGUUGGUAUAAGUCAUAGAAAACCACAAGGAGAACAAUUGGAUCAAGCAAAUCCAGUCAGAAAUGAUGAAACUGGUUUAUGGCAGUGUCCAUUCUGUCUUAAAAAUGAUUUUCCUGAGCUUUCAGAAGUAUGGAAUCAUUUUGAUGCAGGAGCUUGUCCAGGAAAGGCUACAGGUGUAAGAUUAAGAUUAGACAAUGGAAUAUCUGGCUAUAUUCAUAUUAAAAAUUUAUCUGAUAAACAUGUUGCUAAUCCUGAAGAAAGAGUAAGCAUAGGCCAAGUAAUUCACUGCCGUAUUAUCAAAAUCGAAGUAGAACGUUUUAGUGUGGAAUGUACGAGCAAAAGCAGCGAUCUCGCAGACAAAAAUCAUGAAUGGAGGCCACAGAGAGACAUUUAUUAUGAUACAGAGACGCACGAUAAAGAUGUAAAAAUAGAAGAGGAUGCUAAGAAAGUAAAGCAGCGGCAAACAUAUGUAAAGCGUGUUAUUAUACAUCCGUCUUUUCACAAUAUUAGUUUUGCGGAAUCGGAGAAGUUAAUGCAAAAUAUGAAACAAGGAGAAGGCAUAAUAAGACCAAGCAGUAAAGGUGCUGAUCACUUGACUGUGACGUGGAAAGUAACAGAUAAUAUUUAUCAACACAUUGAUGUAAGAGAAGAAGGCAAAGAAAACGCAUUUUCCUUGGGACAUAGUUUGUGGAUAGGCAAUGAAGAAUUUGAAGAUCUAGAUGAAAUAAUUGCUAGACACGUCAAUCCAAUGGCUGCAUAUGCUUCAGAAUUAUUAGAUUUUAAAUAUUACAAAACAAACGUCGAAGGUGUAAAAGAUAAAGCCGAAGAGAUAUUAAAAGAACAAAAGAAACAAAAUCCGGGUGGAAUUCCAUAUAUUAUAUCUGCAGCUAAAAAUUAUCCAGGAAAAUUCCUCCUUUCAUAUUUACCUAGAGUUCGAUGCCGUCAUGAAUACGUUAGCGUUUCACCAGAUGGUUUUAAAUUUAGAGGACAAAUGUUUAGUAGAGUAAAUGAUUUAUUCCGUUGGUUCAAAGAACAUUUUAGAGAUCCAAUACCUGGCCAAUCAACACCAGGCACUCCACAUGGUGCUUUAACUUCCAGAACACCGUAUCAUACUACACCUGGAGCAGUUACAGGAAUGAAUCAAGAUGCAAUACAAAGAGUGGCACAAAAUUUACCACAUCACAUGUUGCAUUCCCUAUCACAAGUAGCAAAUCAGACACCACAUCAUUACCCACCACAUACUCCAGGUGCAGCAAGUACCACAGCUUAUGGCGGAAUGCAUACGUAUCCAAAUACACCUUAUACUCCUUCCGGACAAACUCCAUUUAUGACACCAUACCAAACACCUCAUACUCCACACCAUGCACAACAGACACCAAAUCAUCAUCAGGGCCCAUUUUUACACCCAGUAUCAUCAUCGAUACCAUCUGUAACUCAGAGAUCAAUGCGAUCUCACAGACCUAUUCCAUCCAUGUCUACACCCUCAUCUGGGGAUACCAUGGAUUGGAGUAAAGCAGCAGAAGCAUGGGCUCGUUUGAAACAAUCCACUCCACGAGGAUCUGGUAGCACUCCAAGAUAUGAGGAAUCCAGAAAAACACCACGAAAUUAUGAAGAUUCCGCUGGAAGAACAACUCCAAGAAAUAGAACUCCGUCUAAUCGUACGCCAUCCUAUAAAUCGCCACGAGGCACACCAUUUACGAAUUCUAGUCCACGAAGUAUGUCUCUUAGUGGAGAUGGUACUCCUUUAUAUGACGAAAGUUAACCCAUGAAUAUAGUUAAGAUUAAAUUAAAAUAUGUAUUAACGAAUGAUUAAUAUGUUUAAUUGGUAUAGGCCAUACAUUUUUCAUGUAUUUUAUAUAAUGGCAAAUGGUAAUAUUGUACAUAUAUGUACAUAAAUAUAUAUACAUAUAAUAUAUAGGGUAAGAUUUUAAAUGGAAUACCUAAAUAUCUCGAAUGUAUUUUUGAAAAAAAAAUUUGAAACAUAAGUUGUUCGGUUUUGGGAAGUAUUAUUUAUUUUUAAUUCAGUGAAAGUUUUUGAAGUUAUUUCAAAAUUAACUUUAUUUUAAUUUGUUUAAAAUAUUUUUUCAUUUUUUUAUAGUCCACUUUCUAUGAUAUUUACCGGCAAAAUAAUUAGGACAAGUAGAAGAGAAUAAGUGGUUUUUUUUUUAGAAAAAUAUUUUAAUAAAAAAUUAAAAUAGAAGAUCUAAUUCUCUAAUUUACAAUACAGAUAAUAGAAUAUUCAAGAAAUAGUCAAAUUAACUCACGUUGAGGCGGUUCAGUCAUUUAAUUAUCUUACCUUUUCUCGACAAUUGACAAUCGCCAAUUGUCAUAUAUAUAUAUAUAUUAAUUAUAGAAAAAAAUUUGUAAAUGAGUGCAGCUUACAAUUUUAUUCGUAUUCAACCGCGCACACGAAUGAAUCAAAUUCUUCCGUCUCACUUUAUCGGUAACCCUUCCAUUCGCAAUAUAGUAGUAUAACAUGCAUAAAAUAGUCUAACAAGCAUAUACAUCGAUAUGACUAGGGUAAUUCAUUUUCACUAUUUUUAAGGAUUGGUUGAAAGCAUUACCAUUCUUCAACUGAAGGAAACCUAUAAAAAAAAUACAUCGACACAAUAGUCGCAUGGUAGUUUCUUGAUUGCGCUUGUAGUUCAUAUUAUAUAUUAUAGAACCAACUGAAUUUGGAUCUAUUAAGCCAAAAUCGAGCAAUGUUGUUAUUUCUCACCAUAGAUAUUUGACAACGCAGCAACAUAUUCGAUAAUCGAAUUAUAUUUUUGUCCAAUCUAAGAAAAAUUAAUAAUUAUAAAUUUAUAUUUUAUUGAUGAACAAAAAUAUAUAUUACCAUUAAGAUCGUUAAUAAAUUAAUGAAUAAAAUAGUCAUUUCUAAUUGUCUCUGCUUGAUAUUCGAAGUUCGAUAUAUCGAUAUUUAUCCAGCUAAUCAAUCAUCAAUUUAUCGAACAACAUCGUAUCAAAAUCGUCCUUCUUCUUAUACUUGCGUCUCAUUGGUUAGUCUAACUAACGGAAGUGUAACAGUAGUAAAGCUGAUCUGACUACGUAGCAUAAGGGGUCUUCAUAACUACUUACACGGACCGCCGCGGUCAUUCCAUGGGACGCUGACGAGAAAGCGUUAUAGCCGUUUAUUUGAAGACGGAAAUCAAUUCUCUCGUGUUAUUAUUUCUUUACGGCAUCAAAAUUCUACUAUCUUCUCAUAACAGUCAUCGUUUUUCGCAUAGUAAGUUUGGAUCUUAGGCAGCUCAGUGUGUGUUAGGUGUCAAGAACAGAUUCGUCAUCAGUGGACAUUUGUACAAUGACUUGGUGCAGUUAACUACUCCUUUUCUGCUUCUCCAUUUCAUUGUCCUUCGUCGAUGGGCCCUUUCCUGCUCGGUCAUCUUUGUUCUCAUCGACUUCUUAUCUUUCGUCGUACCUUUUAGCUGUGAGUGAAGAAAGAAGAAGUUUCUGAAGUUUCUGAAGUCGAAGGUAAUACUUCAAAGUAAUGUAAUAAAAUUAGUUCAUAAUUCUGGAGGGAAGUGUUGUGAUUUUACUAGAGGACUUGUUCCUCCGAUGUUCUUGAGAGUAUAAGAACAUAUUCGUUUAA